AUGUCAGAUCCAUCCAGAUACAAAAAACAGAACAUGUACUCAGAACUUCCGAAAAGGCAAGAUGAAUCAACAGAGGCACUGCAAACGGUCGGAAUGAGAAUCCGAAAAGCUGUUGCUGAUGGGUACCAAGUACCACCCCCUGAGCCAGUUACAACUCCAUUUGGACCCCGUCGAACUGCGCUACCGGAUCAUUUACAAGAACCUCCUUCCUUGCUGUAUGGAGGAUCAACUGCUUCGUCGUUGAGUGAAUGGCAGAAUGAUGUUACUCUCACUAAUAAGAGAAAGUUUGAAGAUUAUGAUGACUCUAAGGAUUUUCAAGGCCCAGAUUCUGACUUUUUGACCAAGAAUAGGGAUCUACAGGGAUUCCAGCAAGUCUACGGCACUCUUCGAUUUGAUGAGGAUUUUUAG